AUGUACACUGGAGCAGAUAAUACAUUGCGUGAUACACAGUCCAGGUCGACCACUCGCCGACUCGUAUUGUCUUCAACUGUACAAGGUUUACUACAGCAGUACAAUCUUAGUCCCGGAUCGGUCGUACCGAUUAUUUUCAAGAAGUCUAAGUGGGCCGUCGUUGCCAUGCUCGGGGUGCUCAAAGCCGGUGCUGCCUUUUGCAUGUUGGAUCAAUCAUAUCCGACCAAACGGCUGGUGAAUAUAUGUGAAGAUGUUGAUGCCAAGGUAAUAAUUUGUUCGCAAGAGCUCUCAAUAGGCGUUUCGGGCAGCACACUUUCAAUCGGUGACCAUAAUAUCGAGACAGCGACAUAUUCUGCGAUACAAGCAGUUAACACAGCUUCACAUGAUGCAGCAUACGUGGUGUAUACAUCAGGGUCUACAGGUGCGCCGAAAGGCAUUGUCAUAGAGCAUGGUUCAUUUUGUACCAACGCGAUUGCGAGUAGCCAGGCCCAGAACCUUGAUCGAUCGUCCAGAGUUUUGCAGUUCGCAUCAUAUGCGUUUGAUGUCAGUGUCCAUGAAUCACUGACCCCAUUACUGCUUGGUGGAUGUGUUUGCAUCCCAUCUGAAGCACAACGUGUCAAUAGCUUGAAGGAGGCUGUUAGUAACCUAAUGGUUAACUGGGUGGAGCUAACGCCAACGGUGGCUAGGCUCUGGUGCCCGGCGGAUAUUCCAACUGUCAAAACGCUUGUGAUGGGCGGAGAGCCUAUGCUGCCUAAUGAUAUCUCUCUAUGGAAGGGCAAGCUUCGACUAGUAUGUGCGUACGGGCCAGCAGAGUGCACUGUCGUGUCCACCGUGCAGUCAUGCGUUCAAGAGCUGGGGAACAUUGGGCGCUCGCCGUGUGGCACCUGCUGGAUUGUAUCAAAAGACAACCACCACCGACUCAUGCCAGUUGGGUGUAUCGGAGAGCUAAUUAUAGGCGGCCCGAUCGUAGGACGAGGGUACUUGAAACAACCUUGUCUGACAGCAAAUGCUUUCAUCACAAAGCCAGAGUGGGCGUCGUUAUUCCACCUUAACGGCAGUUACCGGUUCUACAAGACUGGUGACCUAGUCAGAUACAAUGCCAAUGGAACAAUUGCGUAUAUUGGACGGAAGGAUACCCAAGUCAAGUUGAACGGACAGAGAGUGGAGCUUGGCGAAGUUGAACAUCAGGCACAGCCCUACUUCCACGAUGCUGUGAUUGCCGCUGAAGUGGCUGCUCCAGCAGGACGUAAGCCUAUCCUGAUUCUCUUCAUUGCUCGAAAGUACGAAUGCUCCGUUAAUAUGGAUUGCACAAUGCUUCUACACCCGCCAAGCGUUGUGUUUCAGGAAAAGGCCCAGGGAACAAUUACUCUCUUACAAGAGGUGCUUCCAAGGCAUAUGAUACCUGCAGCAUACAUCGAACUACUAGCUAUGCCUAUCUCACGCACGGGGAAGGUCAAUCGGAAGCUUCUACGGGAAGCUGUCGAACAGGCAUCGGAGAAAGAUUUCAGAGCGUACUAUCCAAUAACGCACAAUGAUAUGAUUCAAUUGCCGAGUACUCCCGUCCUAGAUCAACUAAGACUCCUCUUUUCCGCCGCACUUCGCAUUCCAGAGGGGAAAAUUAAGCCGAAUGACAGUUUCUUCCAUCUGGGCGGCGAUUCGGUCAGUGCUAUCAGACUUGUCGGAGACGCCCGAGACCAGGGCCUGCAUAUAACGGUAGAAUCGUUGUUUAAACGGCAGACUAUUUCUAAAUUGGCAGAAUGCACUCACCAGAUGUCAAAUGGCAUUGGUUCACCUAUUCCACCGUUUUCAUUGCUUGAUCCACUAGGCAAAUGUACGUAUAUUGCUCAAGCGACUGAGCAAUGCUCCGCUUUCCCAGAACAGAUUGAGGAUAUCUACCCGUGUACACCUUUGCAGGAAGCGUUAAUGGCGUACACCUCAAAAAGGCCGGGGGCAUUCCAGGCCCAAUUUUGCUUUCAGCUCCCGCACCAACUAGAUAUGCUUCGCCUGAAGGAAGCAUGGAGAAUAGUAAUUGCUGCAAAUCCAAUUUUGCGAACUCGCAUUGUUUUUUGCCAUACUGGGGCUCUGCAAGUAGUCCUUCGCCCCGGAGAACAAUUACAGUGGGACUUGAUCAACGGCGUACAUACAUCGCCUGGGUCUUUAAUGUCUUAUGGUGUACCACUCGUUAAUAUGGCAAUCACGAAUGACACGGGAGGGAAGUUAUCUCGGACAUUUUGUCUCACGAUGCACCAUGCUAUAUUCGAUGGAUGGUCGUAUGGUCUGAUUCUUGGCGCCGUCGAAGAUGCGUAUAAACAUAUGAAUGCAGUUCAGCGGCCUUUCGCACCGUUCAUCAAGUACAUACUACAUUGUGAUUACGAAAGUGCGAAGCAUUUCUGGUGCUCUGAGUUUAAAGAUAUGCAAGCAUUGUCAUUCCCUGUUCCGCCCUUAAGCCGCGGACACAUGGCCAAUUCCAUCACCACGACGCAUCGCCAGAUUCACGUAUCCGAGUGGCUAAGUAGCUAUUGCACGCCAUCCACAAUUAUUCAGCUUGCCUUCGCCCUGCUUAUCGCCUGGCGCACUGAGUCCAUGGAUGUCUUAUUCGGGCUGACUGUUACGGGGCGCAAUGCCCCAGUAGCCGGAAUCCAUAGAACUACCGGUCCGACUAUUGCUACAUUCCCUCUUCGUACGAUACUCUAUGGGACGAUGAACAUAACUGAUGCGCUUUUGUGCAUGCAAAAUCACAUAGCAAUGCUCAUCCCUUUUGAGCACACAGGGCUGCGACGGAUAAAGUCAUUUGGUACCGAGACGGCCAGGGCCUGCCAAUUUCAAAGUCUGUUGAUCAUACAGCCUGUCACACAUCGGGAAUCAUCGGAAAUCUUCUUUGAAUUAGAGAGCAAUGAGCACGAGCAGUCGAAGUUCAGCACUUGUCCGUUAACUCUAGUGUGUGAACUUCGGACUCACAGCCUGUCGGUAAAGGCCAUAUCUGACAAUGCAGUUGUCAUUGCUGGUGACAUGGAGAGGUUGUUGGAUCAACUGGAGUAUCUUAUUGACAUGAUGACCAAAUCUCCAACCUUGGAAAUCCAGAACAUCAUCCCAUCUCCCCCAGGCACGUAUUGCUAUGCACGUCAGCAGAGCCAGUUAUGGAGUUCACACAUUGAGAAGAAGGUUUAUGAUUAUUUCGGUGGAGAUGUAUUCGUUCUUGUUGACACUAUUGUGCCGAACGGAAGUUCCAAUCAGACUACCGCUAUGUUCGUUUGCGAAACCAAGAGAAGGCGUGAGCCGACAGAAAUAUCGGGCUUGUUCACACGACCUACUGACAAGGUCAGAUGGCAACUGCAGCAAUUGAUUUCUAGCCUAGAACAAUCUCUCCCUUGGUCGGCGGUUCCAUCGCUAUGCCUUCCUAUCAGUUUCAUACCAGUAGACCCACUCGACCAACCGGAUAGGAUUUGUUUGUGCGAGGCAGCCUCAUCUAUGACUCUUGACUUCUUACAUUCUUUGACGGAUCCUGUCAACAAGUACAUUGACGAUCAUAUAUUACCGGAAGAGGCACGCCUUCGAGGGAUUGUUGCUCAUGUUCUGAGCAUGGAUCCACAAAAUAUAAGUCCCAAGGAUGACUUUUUCACUCUCGGUGGAGAUUCAAUAUCUGCCAUGCAGGUUGUAUCCCUCUGUAGAAAGCAUCAGCUAUCUUUGACAGCACUAGAUAUAUUCAAUGGGAGAACCAUCAAACUCAUAGCAACAAGGUUGAUGCCACUCACCCCGUAUACACCUCCAUCAACUCCUGCAAGCGACCGCAGUUUAGACACGCGAUUCUCCCUUCUUUUUUUAAAUUCAGAUCGCGGUAUGGAAAGGCUUAAAUCCUUACUUAUGGCUACAUAUGACAUUGGAAGCAUGGAUUCCAUUGAGGAUGCGUAUCCAUGCAGCGAAUCUCAUCAGGGGCUGCUGCAAACGCAAAUGUUGCGACCAUUUCAUUAUCAGUCCUACACUAUAUGGGAGGUCACCACUAGGAGCAAAUCCUCUCCAGUGUCCCCAGUUAGACUGUGCAACGCCUGGUUUACCCUUGCCCGUCGUCACCCUGCGUUGCGGACACAUCUAAUUGAUAUUCCACUGUGUGACGGUAUGAGCUCGAAGAUACAUGUUGUGCAUAAAGACUAUAUGGCAGAUGCCGCCAUACUUUCUUGCGAAGAUGAACAUGUCAUUGCAGAGUUGCGGAAGCCCUUCCUCCCAUCUGGCACUGGCCUAUACUAUCCACAUGCAUUUAGGAUUUGUCAAACGGUUUCCGGUCGCGUAUUCUGCAAGCUCGAGGGUGGGCAUGCCUUUCUUGAUGCCGCUUCCGUUUUGAUCAUCUUGCGUGAGCUGGUAGAGGCAUACGAUGGACAGCUAUCCUCUGUUCCCGGGCCAUCAUAUAGCUCGGCAGUGGCCUGGCUUCAAAGCCUGCCAAAUGGUGAUAAUCGUAUGGACUAUUGGAGAAGGAAGUUGAAGGAUGCCAGUCCAUGUAAUUUUCCGAGGCUUAGAGAUCAAGACUCACCCAGCGACACUCGGGUCGUUACUGAGCAGCUCGCUAGUACCGCCACAUUGAUUCCUUUCUGCAGUAGGCAUGGCCUCACUGUGAGUAAUGUGCUACAAGUAGCUUGGGGUUUAAUGUUGCGGCGGUAUACCGAGUCUGAUGAUGUGUGCUUCGGGGCCCUCAUAUCUGGAAGAGAUUCCCGAAUUCCUGAUGUUGAUAAGAUGAUAGGACCCUUCUUCAAUGUUCUACAUUGCUCCCUCAUUGAGGUGUUACGUUUCUCAACAUACUUCGGCCAGCCUUUGUUCAAUACUUGCAUCUCGGUUGAGCAGCCGCUGUCUAUGGAUACCCCCGAUGUGAGUCUGUGUUUCAAGGAAUUAGAAACUCUAGAGCCGACAGAGUAUGGUAUUAUCGCUACCAUUACGAUUGGAACAACAGAUGUUGGGCUAGGGCUCACGUACAAAUCCGAUCUACUCACAGAAGACCAAGCAUUGGCUGUUGCCGACAGGUUUAAGUUGUCAAUCACAGAGAUUAUGGGCUUUUUGAAUAGCCAAUAG